UCAUGCCAAAAUAAGGAAUCCGCCAACAGUUGUGUGGGGGGGGGGGGAUUGGAAGUGGAUGAUGCGUCGGGCCUGUGCAGCCGAGGGGGCUAAAGUUUGGAAACCUUAAGGGAUUCACAAUGGAUGGUUGUGCUUGUGGACAGGUUGGGAAGUUUUGGGCCAACUAAACUAAACUGUGAGAGCUUUCCUCCUCGCACGGAUGCGGUUUCGGGAAAUCGACAACAUGUAAGUUUUGAUAGCAGAGCGGCCCUCUCGUCGUUCCUCGAUGGACGGAUUACCACUUGACUCACUUUGUUAUCAGUGCUUGCAAACACACGUUCUCAACGAGUCGUUGUUGUUACAUUCACGCCGUUAGGCUGCGUGUGUGUGUGAGAGAGGGAAGGGGGGGGGGAAGAAAAAACCGACUGCAACUCCAAAAAGGUGCUUGGAUCCGUAACACCCGUGGAGCUAAAAAAAAAAAAAAAAGAAAGAAAAAUGUGUGCGUGAAAAUCUAACAAAGAAAGGCAUGAACAAUGGCAGCGAGAGGGAGGAAGAAUGCGCCCGUCUAUCGCAGCGUUUCUUUCAAAAAGCUGGGGUCCUGGAGCGCCAGCAGGACUGAAGACCAGCAGCACAAUCCAGAGGAUUUGGAGGCGGCUGGUGUCGCCCUUCCCCCGGAGCCCAGCAAAGCAGAACAGCCUUUGGCGACGCGUAAUGUCAGCGUGUCCAGAAAAGUUUCCAAAAUAUCUUCGACCGCCACCACCGCCGGCCUCCCGACCGCAGAUCCGAAGAGAAACUCCUCUGCUCCUUUCUCCUCUAUUUCCCCCUCCAUCCGACAGCUCACCGAGAGGUUCAGCAGCAGCAGCUCCGCCGCCGGGACGCGCACUGCUUCCCCCGGAGACGGCGCAGCGGUGACGCCGGGGAGCGGCACUCUUCCCCGGCCAACGGGCCCCACCAGAGACCGGUCCCCGUGUCGUAAAUCUUUUCACCAGGACAGUGGUGGUGGUGGUGGAUGUAUCCGGCGCAGUGAUAGAACUACUACUGCAGCAGAGUCACAGACGGACAACAAAGUGCAAAAGUUUCACUCCGAAACCGAGUCGGACUCUGAGCAGAGGAGUGAGCGGUGGAAUUUUAAACGUUUAUCCGCCGACAGCAACUCUGGUAAGAUAGAUUAUUCUCGUGUUAAUGCAUGUCCCUCUGAUCCUACAAAGACUGUGACUACAGAUGAGGAAGAGGAUGUUACUAUUCGAGGGGUUCCCCCAGCCUGUAAAUCUCACAGAAGUCAUGGCUUCACACACCACGGCGACUUUAUUCCCCUGCACUCUGACAAGUGGCCCAGUGUCACCAAAAUCAGACAACUUUUCGAUGAGAGUGACGACACAAAGCACAAGGCUGACUCCUUUGAGAAUUUAAAAGCAGUCAGCAGAGGACAUUUGCAUGAGCUCAGCUCCAGUGAGAGCGCCUUUCUCUCGGAUAGAAGUGACAAACUCUCGCCUUGCAGCUCUGCUAAUGAGGGCAAUGUUCUUGCUUUGCAUGACAAAUGCAUAGUUGGAGCUCAAAUCAGAGAAGGCAACAGCGUAAAACAGAACUUUUAUGAAGGUAUGGACUUUUGCUCCAAAACCGACCACCAGCUGCACUCAAAUGAGGAGGAGGCAGCCGUAGAGAAACAAAGUUCCAAUAACACUAAAGUUUCUGGCGUAAAUACUUUCCAAAGCGGCAGUAGUUGCACCGGAGGUGGACACUUCCAGAGGAUUAACCCGUCUCCAUACAGAUCUCACAGUCCCCGCACCGAGUCAGAGGCUGCCCCCAAGUCCCUCAGGACGACGGGGCCGACAUCUGACCCCGGCCCUGACCUUCAACCCCCUGCUACUUUGUCUCGGAGUCAGACGGAGAGCUUCGACACCUCCUCCUGCUCCUCCUCUAUUCAGCGGCCAACAGUGAGGGAGAGAAGGGACAGACAGGGGGUCGGGCUGCCCAGGGAUAGUUUACAUUCCUCGCAUAGCUCCUCUAGAGCUCCAGCCCCCACCCCCUCCCAUGCUCCACGUCCAGAUAAAGCCAUUACCUCCUCCUGUACUGUACCUCCCACCGCGGAGGUAAGAGCCCCAGCAAGAGUUGUUUCUCCUCUCCGGUCCCGCUGGAGGUUUAGCUCUGGAGACGAAGAGGAGGAUCACACUAGGAGAAGAAGAGGAGGAGGAGGAGGGGGCUGUGGUGGAGGCAGUUGGAGUGUUCCUUCUGUCCCGGCUCCUUCCAUCUCCUACAGGGCAGGGGAACGGGGCACCACCGAGCGUGGAGGUAGCUAUUUCCCCCGUAAUAAAAAUGGCUGGUGGGGCGCUAAGGGCAUCGGUAGGUCCUCAGGCAGUGAGGAGGACAGCCCUGGUUCAAUAGGUCCCCACAGCCGAGAGGCCGUACGCCGCCGCUCGCUGAGGAAGAAGAAGAAGGUCAGUGGAGCUGCUUUUGCAACGGGCCGCGAUGAUUGCGACGAUCGCGAUGGCGAGUCAGAAGACAGCGACAGGGACACGACUGUGACAAUGGAGCAUCUAGAGAGGCAACACCAGCAAACGACCGGAGGUGAAUUGGCAGGAACUGUAUGUCGGAGCCGCUCCGUAAGAGAACCCAGCAGUAACAGAGCCAGGGUGCAGCAAUGGGAACGCCUCUCCUCACCUGCGACAUCCACGACACUUCCUGGUGUAGCGCGAGUGUCAAAGGUCAAUAUUCCCCCUUUUUUGUCCAGUCCUGGUGGUUCACUUAGCAGCAGUCGAUACUCCAGCACUGAGACUCUGAAGGAGGAGGACCAGGCUGGCUGCGCCAACCGUGCAGGAGGUAAUACUAGCAGAACUGCAUCCUCGUCUAUGCUGAGCAAAACAUACCAUGGGAAUUUUACCAUGUACCGCUCCCCAAGCUUUGGCCAUGGGGAUAACUUCUCCCGUACCUCUCUGCGCCCUAAGAUUGUGUCUACAGUCACCGCCUCAUCUAGUGCGCUUGCCAGAGAAGGUGGGGCACCAACAGCAGUCGGGGUUGGUGAGAAUACGACAUCAAGCAGAGCAAAAGGUGUGGAUGUUGAUAAUAAGAAAAAUCAAAUAUCCAUGUCCAACCCUGAUAUCGCCUCAGAAACUAUGUCUCUCUUAAGCUUUCUGAAAUCUGACCUGUCGGAGCUCAAGGUGAGAAAAAUAAGUGGAGAUAAAUCCUGGGCCUCCAAUGGGUCCCCAGUGUACAGGAUGGGUUCACGCAAUCAAGGCAGUAAUCCGCUACCUUCUGGUUGUCGGCCGUCACUGAAAGACCUAACUGCCACCUUGCGGCGUGCAAAGUCCUUCACUUGUUCGGACAAACCCACUGCAGCAGUGAGGUGUUACUUGACAGCCGGCGCCGCAAAGAGGAGCUCUUCUGAGCAGCAGCUGGAUUUGGAUGGAGAGGAUGACAGAGGGAGGGUGUUGGUGUCGGAGAGGGAAGUAGAAAGUGAUGGGGGGGAUUUUAGGGUUGGGAGACGACAAAGAAUGAGGGAUUAUGGAUUUGAUAAUGACGACGAGGAAAGGAUGCCGACUCCAUUGCAGGAGAGGUACGUGCAGGAAGCCAGGCAGGUCAUUCGAGAUAUCUGCCAGAUGAGUACUAGAGAAGAUGAUGAUGAUGAUAAUGAUGUAGACAUGAAAAGAACUGACGGUGGUCUGGAAGAUGAGUGUUUCCAGGUCAAGAAAACCAAUGAGGAAAAGGAGAAAGGAGGAGUGAUUGUUGAGGAUCAGGCCAGGAAGGAUCAAGGGGAUGACUUUGACAACACAAAAGACAGGGAUAAACAUGCGAGGGAGAGAGAGAACGGGGAGAGGGAGAGGAGCAAGAGGGAUGGACAAAGUAUACAGUUGGAGAAGCUCAACAGCAGGGGCACAGAGUACAGGGAGACGGAAAGGAGACAGAGCGGAGAGACUGAGAGAGCCUUACUGAAGGGCCACUCGGAGGAAAGCGUGUUCUACGACCGCUCGGUGGAUGAACUUUCAGGCCAUGAGUCUAGUUUAACAGAUGAAGGGAUUGUGACAGAGCCAGAGACGGGCCCAAGUGACCCCUCUGAGAGGUCAUUCCUGGGCUCAGCGGGGGUUAAUUUGGGGUCACGAAUUGCCACAGAUGUGCUCGGGCAGCCAGUUACUGUAUGGAAGCAAUCGGCUCUCCAUCAGGCUGAGAGGUUUAUGCAGGAAAGACGAGAGGUAACCGAGAAUAGCGUGAAUUGUACAAAUCGUCUAAACAAAGUCGACGUACCCCCCGCUGAGCCCCAUCCUCCCCGCAUGGCCGAGAGUGACCGUGUCAUCGUGGAGCCGAGCGCCACCUCCGGUAUCAAUAAUGUCGACGCUGCCCGUGAAGAGAUCAACGCCGCUGCGUCGCAGAGGUCGGCUGGCGCCGCAGGAGGGGGACUCGAAGCGCCAGCAACACCCAGUUCCAACCGACGAAGGCGCAAGUUCUCCCCGUCUGGUAUCAACAACACAGGCUCGGAUUCCAGUAACGGCAGCAAUGCAGAGUCAACAAUGGCAGCUGUUGGAAAUGGGGAGUCCACAGUCUACCGCUCUCUCAGUGACCCGAUGCCUCAGCGGCACUGCCCCGCGACAGAUGAAGGGAAUAACACUUUUUCCUCCGUGGACAGCAAUCUGUUAGGAUCCCUGUCCGUCAAAGGUGGGGGUGGUGCUCCAGAGGCCACGGCUGUCGCCACCUCGUCAGAGUAUAAAGGCAGUGCUGCCAGUGACCUGUCAGUGUACAGUGAUGGCGGGCUCCUACGGGAUGAUGCCAUUCAUGACUACAGCGGGGUGAUCAGGAGCAUCGUGGCUGAGCCCGGCGCCAUGGACAGACUGAUGGCGGACGACCACGGCAAUGGCAAAUAUCCCAAGAAGAAGUCGUUCAGUGACCCCAGUCGCCGAAGCGAUGCCCCUUUACUUUCCCAGAAUGACCCUCAAUUUAAAUGUCAGACCGGCAGCACCAAGCCAAUCAGUGAGCUGGAUCAGCCUGGUCAGAUCCCACCUUCCAGCAGCGAGCCCAUCCUGAGUGAGCAGAGAGAGGAACUAUGGAAGCCAGAGGUGAAGCCUAAACACACACUGCUGACACAGCCGGUCAUUAAAAACGACAAAGCUCGUUCCCAGUCGGAAUCCACGCUUCUGUCUGACAACCAUGAGGAUGAUGAUGAUUUAAUAGACCACGGUGAGGAAGAGACGGAGGUGCAGCAGUUUAACUUCAACCUCAAGCUGGCUGAGGUUCUGUCCCCCAGAAUGGUUCGUCGGCCCACCAGAAAGCGUCCAAAUAGGCCGGCUCAGUUUUCACCUCACGAGGAACCUUUUGAGUCCUCAGAACGGGGCUCGGAGGAGCAGGAGGACCACGGCCGCCAAACCGACCUCACCCCUCCCCUCCCUCCUCUCCAAUCCAAAGCCAAAACGAGAUCCAAGCAUGUCCGCCAUGCCAGCGAACCUGCCGCCUUCCUCCCCAUCUCCCCGCCGCCACAUCUCCAGCCACUGAAGGAAGUGGCCUCCCUCUCAGUCGCACCCACUGCAGAGCCUCCGACCUCAGGUAAACCUCCAGGAGAUGAGGCCCCAUCUCUGGAGGCCGUGACCCAGAAAUAUAUUCUGGAACUGAGCGCUGCUGAGGGCCCGGGGCCUCCUCCGGCAGCCAGGGACGGAGCAGAAGCUUCUGUGUUGCCUUCCGAGGGGCCCAGCGAGACCAGUGCCACUGGAACUGCAGAAGCUGGGGCACAGAAGAAGAGCACAGAGGACACUGCAUCCGCAGCUACGCCACAGAGGACCAAGCCAAAAGUGGACAUGAGGAAACAUGUGAUGAUGACCCUCUUGGAUACCGAGCAGUCCUACGUGGAGUCACUACGCAGUCUCAUUCAGGGCUACUUGCGUCCUCUCAAGCAGCCGGACUGCGGCUGCCUAGUGGACCCUCUGCUGGUGGACGAGAUGUUUUACCAGAUCCCCGAGAUCCUGGAGCACCACGAGCACUUCCUGGAGCAGGUCGCCGGCUGCGUGGGCCAAUGGCACGAUAGGCAGACCGUCGGGCACUUCCUCAUCCAAUCGUUCUCCAAAGAGACUCUUGCUAACAUGUACUCGGCGUACAUCGACAACUUUCUCAACGCCAAAGAUGCCGUGAGGAUCGCCAAGGAGGCCAAGCCGGCGUUCCACAAGUUUCUGGAGCAAAACAUGCGGGAGAACAAAGAGAAGCAGGCCCUGGGGGAUCUAAUGAUCAAACCGGUCCAGAGGAUUCCUCGAUAUGAGCUGCUGGUGAAGGACCUGCUCAAGCACACCCCGGAGGACCACCCGGACCACCCGUACCUCCUGGACGCCCAGAGAGACAUCAAGCGGCUGGCCGAGAGGAUCAACAAGGGCCGCCGCUCCGCCGAGGAGGCGGAGAGGGAGGCCAGGGUCAUCCAGGAGAUCGAGGCACACAUAGAGGGAGUUGAACACAUUCUGAACCCACAGAGGAAGUUCUUGAGACAAGAAAUAGUCAUGGAGGCGAAGACAGUUGGUGGGAAGAAAGACCGCUCCCUCUUCCUCUUCAGCGAUCUCAUCAUCUGCACCACUCUCAAGAGGAAGUCCGGCUCGUUGAGACGCAGCUCCAUGAGCCUAUAUUCUGCUGCGAGCAUGAUCGAUACCUCCAGUAAAUACAAGUUCCUGUGGAAGCUCGCCCUGGAGGACGUGGAGGUGGUGAAAAGCUCCACUCAGGCAACAAACAAGGAGAACAUCCAGAAGAUGAUCAGUCGACUAGACGAGGACCUCGGCACUCUGGGUCAGAUCAGCAAACUGUCUGAGAGCCUGAGCUUCCCACAUCAGUCCCUGGACGAGGUGCUGAAGGACCUGAUGGCGUCGGUGCACAGGGAGCUGUCGGAGAAGCAGUCCCUGGCCUUCAGCAUGACCUUCCUGCCCACGAAGCUGGAGUUCACCACGGCGUCCGCCGAGAGCAGCUUCGUCUUUGAGUUCGCUUCGCCAGACAUGCGGUCCAACUUUGAGCAGGCCUUCGAAGACGCCAAGAAGAAGUUAGCGAUGAAUAAGGACCAGUGGGACCCGGAGUUUCUGAAGGCUAUUCCUAUUAUGAAGACACGCAGCGGAAUGCAGUUUUCGUGUGCCUCUCCCAGCCACAGCUGUCCCGACAGUGGCUGCGAGGUGUGGGUGUGUAACAGUGACGGAUACGUGGGGCAGGUGUGUCUGUUGAAUAUCAAAGAUGAGCCCACAGUCGAGGCCUGUAUCGCUGUCUGCUCAGCGAGGAUCAUCUGCAUCGCAGCCGUACCUGGACUCAAGGGGAGGGAGCGAGGAUCGGAGCCCACCCUGGCCGCUGCCUCCGGUCACACCCAGCAGCAGCUCCACAUAUCCAUCGGCCACUCAUCUCUGGAGCUCACAGAGCGCCGCGCAGGACCAGGGGCGGAGCUCGUUCCCUUUGACAGCGACGACACGGACGACGAGGACUCCCCCAGCCCGUCCUCUACCCUACAGAGUCAGGCCAGUCACUCCACCAUAUCAUCCAGCUACGGCAAUGACGAGGGCCCGGGCUCCAAGGACAUGGCCACGGAGACCACCAGCAGCGAGGAAGAGCAGGAGUUCCCGGUCGCCAGCUCCUACGGCGCUCCGGGGGCGCCGGGGGUCGGCGGCGGAGGCGGCCGCGGCCACACGGAGGGCGCCAUGGACGGCCGCGCCAUGCGCCGCUCCUCUCGGGGCUCGUUCACCAGGGCGAGCCUGGAGGACCUCCUCAGCAUCGACCCGGAGGCCUACCAGAGCUCCGUGUGGCUGGGCACGGAGGACGGAUGCAUCCAUGUGUACCAGUCCUCGGACAACAUCCGCAACCGCAAGAACAGCAUGAAGAUGCAGCACUCGGCCUCCAUCCUCUGCAUACUGUAUUUGGACAACAAAGUGUUUGUGGCGUUGGCCAGUGGAGAGGUGAUCGUCUACCAGAGGGAAGCAGGGAGUUUCUGGGACCCUCAGUCUUCUCAGACGUUAGUUCUGGGCACGCCCAGCAGCCCCGUCACCAAAAUGGUUCCGGUGGGAGGAAAGCUGUGGUGUGGCUCCCAGAACCGAGUGCUUAUUAUCAACACCACCACCUUGGUACAGGAGCACUGGUUCCAGGUGGGCACAGACAGCAGUCGCUGUGUGACCUGCAUGGUGGCGUACGGUCAGGGUGUGUGGCUGGCGCUGCAGGGGAGUGCUCAGGUCAAACUUUACCACGCUCAGACCUUGGAGAGCCUGACGGAGGUGGACGUGGCGCCCGCCGUGCAUAAGAUGCUUGCAGGUGCGGACGCGAUUAUUCGACAGCACAAAGCCGCUUGCCUGAGAAUCACAGCGCUGCUGGCCUGUAAGGAUCUGCUGUGGAUCGGCACCAGUGCAGGAGUGGUCCUUACACUGGUGAUCCCAGCAGUGAGCUCGGGAACCGUGGCCGGGACACUGAAAGCCCCCCAGGUGCCGAUGGGCUCCGCUCACGGACACACGGGACACGUUCGCUUCCUGACAUCCAUUGAACUACCGGAAGGGUUCGACGUGAACUUCCCGCCCACAGCGACGGACUCCACAGGCAACCAGUCUCAGAGCAGCAGCAGCAGCGGUGGCGGCGGCGCAGUCGACGGGAACCUGCAGAGGCGGGACUCGGCGCGGCGCCGAGCCUCCGCCCACAUCCCGUCGAAAAGCAACCAUCUGGUCAUAUCGGGCGGCGACGGCUACGAGGACUUCAGACUCACCAACAGCAGCGAGACGGUGGGACGGGACGACAGCACCAACCACCUCCUGCUCUGGAAGGUCUGAGACCCCCCCCCCCACCCCCUCUCCCGGGCCGAGGGAAACACCCGGCGCACAAGCUGCUGUCUUUUUCCUCGUCAGACUCCUCGGUCUUCUGUGUCGUUGUUUUGGUCUUUUCUGCUCAGUCCUCCGGUCUCUAUGUGCGUAGCUUGGCUGCAAACUCCCUUCCCGGACUUACUAAUGGACUUCAAAGCCAGGUCUAUGGUGGCAAAAAGGUUUCUGGUGGUGUGCGUUUUUUGUUGUUGUUUUUUUUAUAUCUGAGUGCUGUCUUUGCGUGUGUAUUUUGUUAUUUUUUUUUUUCCUCUGCAGAUGGAAGAUGUCUAGAAAUGGGGGUUUGAACUCAAGUCUUCACAGGACAAGAAAGCCAUGGGGAGAAGGAAAGUUUCACACGUGGAUGUAUGCUUAGAAGAAGAGGAGGACACAAUGAGGUUGCACAAGUCAUCCAAGUGAAGCCAGUGCUUGUCCGUUUGUUUUAUUCGGGACUUGGACAUCAACCUUUUACUCCAUCGUCACUUCAUCUUGGCCUGGACUGCAGACACAAUUCCUCCUUACGAUCGGAGGUAAAUGUCAUGUAAAAAGAUAUUAACAGAAACUAAGUGAAACCAAACUUCACAGUCUGCAGUUAGAUCCAUAUUCAGAAUUUGCGUUCAUUUCUGCAGUUGGAGCUCAAGCUUGGAUCGAUGUUGAUUAAUGUUUGUGACCUUUUUAAGCAGGUAAAGACAACGUUUAUUCCAAAACCAUCCCUAACGGCACAUCUCCGCUGUCAUUGUAGACGCCAAACUGCUAAAAUGUUCUUUAUCCUGUUGAGGGAGAUUAAAUAAAACUAGUGCAAUAUGUGGCCAGGGCUAUCUAGCAGUACACAUGCACACACCAACACACUAAUGCGCCACCUUCUCUCACAAAAUAGGAAGACAUUUUUAUUAUCAGAUUUCCUUAUUUAAUUUUUGUUUGUAAUUUUAUGAUGUCAAGAAUGGAGUUGAGUAGAAAAAGUGCAUUGGAGACGUUCCUCCUUCACAUGACCAUGCCAAAGCCUUGUUUGCGUUACCGUUUUGACUUUUUUAAAUUUUGUUUUGUUCAGCAGAAAUCCGGAGCUGAGGUCUUUGACUCGCUGGGCUGCGGUAGCAGAGAACCAUAGUUGUGUACAGUAUUUAUAGUUUUGAUUUUAGCGCCGUCUAUUUGUCAGCACUUAAUUUAUAGAAGACGUAGUUUUCACUUUUUGUUUAAGUUGAAGGACAAGGACCCCGGCUCCGUCUCCAUGAGCAGAGUAGAAAGCGAGGCAUAGUUUGGUUCGGGCAGACGGACGCGCACACACACACACAGACACACACACAAAGACGCUGACUUCAGUCCUGAUAGUUGGAGAUGUGUGUUUGUGAGAAAAAGAGAGUUCCCGAAACACAAAGCAGGUCUGGAGGCCAAAUGCGGAGCACCGGCUCGUGCCUUCAGAAGGCUAAAAGCUAAGCCAUUAAACAAACACACACACACACACACACAAUGCUGGCUGCAGAGCAUUGGAAAGCUCCGUGAGGGGAGUCAAUGCGUUCAGUGAGAAAUGAUACGGAGGAACAUAAAUGUGCCAUCUCUGCUGAGUUUGGCGACUAAAAGAGGGUCACAGCCCCUUCAUGGGGGGUCCCCCAUGUCACUGGAUCUCAAGUGUGUUAUUUAGGUUCUGGGCUGAAACCCAAACCUUGGCAUCAAUCACUUUCAAUUCAGCCAAUUUAGAAAGUUGGUUUUCUUUUAGAUUCUGGGAAAAGAAACUGCCUUGAGAAUAUACUUUUACAUUUACAAAGUAAUCACAUUCAUAUUAAUGGCUGAAUAAUUCUGUCUUCAGCAGUUGCGUUUUAGGUUUUGAGCACAGCGCAAUGAUUUUUACUCUCUUCAUUUUACACACAUAAAAGCAUGCACUCAAACACGCCGCGUCUCAGAUAUGAAGUAAAACUCAAUGCUUUUUUGACCAGGAUUAUGAGAACGAAACGGAAGAUUUACACAACUUUUACCUUCACAUCAAACUCUUCCUUUCAUCACUGUAACUCUCACUAAAGCUGAAGGUUCAUGCCCGUAUGUGAAAUCAGUCUUUAUUGUUGUAAAUAUUAGUAUAUAUUGCCUUUUUUCUGUAAAUAGUGCACCCGCAGUACUCAAUUGUUGAUAUGAAUCUAAUGGCAUAUUUUUAUAUAUUUGUUUAAGGUUUUGUUGUGUUUUUUUUCUUCCUCCCCCCCUCUCCUCCUUCCUGGCAUGCGCCGUCAGUGACGUUUAAAUUAUAUCUGUCGUAGAUCUUUCGAAAAGAAGACAAGAAGGGCCUCGGUUGUUGCUAAGGCUACACGUUAAGCGUUUUGACAUUGAGGUUUUCACUGGAGGCCAUGUUAGCUGUGAAACAUGUUUGCUAUGAAACACGCUAGCUACGAAAAACAACAUACAUGUCAGCUAUGAAACACGUUAGCUACAAAAUAUACAUGUUAGCUAUGAAACACGUUAGCUACGAAACAUACAUGUUAGCUAUGAAACAUGUUAGCUAUGAAACGUGUUUGCGUCGUCACAGUUGUAUGCGGGAAGGGAAGAAAAAAAAAUAAAAACCUGGUCACGGCUGUUUAUCCGGCUCUGGUUGGAGGUGUCAUGGUUACGGCGUAUAAAAGUGGCGCCCUGUAUGUAGCUGUUCUUGUUUUGUCACUGUGGGUUCCUCUUUGAAAUUAAAUCAGUUCACUGGUGCCA